AACAGGAAACGCUCGUGCCGUGAAAUUGACAGACGUAAAGCUUUGGCCAUUCGGUGUCCAGGGGGUCGAAUCACUCAGCCAAUCACGUCGUAGAAGAAAGGCGGGUCUUCCGUUUACGUGACGCAAUUUUCACUGGUAAUCUCCGAAGCCCCACCUUUUGUGUUUCCCGCACCGUCAAUCAAAAAUAAGAAAAAAAAUCGACCCGAAUCUCCGAUCACAGCCCGCCUUUGAUUAAAACAAUCAUGUUGGGAGUUUAAAUGAACAGAUAAACCUCCGAUUUUUUACCUUUUCACGCUAUGACUGGUACGUAACACUUUGCCCGAUCGAAGCACAGCACCGCCGCCCCAGAACAGCCAGCGAAACAGCAGGAAAUGGCUGCCUUGGACGUGGACAGCAGUCAGAGCGACUUUCUGCAGCCAGCCAGCGGCGCCCAGGACCAGACCACAGACCUCACGACCAUCCAGUUAACGGGCUCCUCUGAUCGCUGGGAGGUUCUAACGCCUGUGAGCUCAGUGAAAGAUGAGCCAUCAGUAGUGCAGGUACCCAGCGGAGGACUUCUGGGCAGCAACGGGCAAUAUGUGGUGCCACUACAGACUAUGGCAGGGCAGACUCAGUCUGUUUUUGUGACUGCUGGGGUAGAUGGCACCGGUGCUAAUGGGGUGCAGUACCAGGUCAUCCCUCAGCUGCAGGGGGCGGAUGGGGCGUCACUAAGCUAUGCAGCAUCCACAGACGGAAGCACCCUUGGCACUGACAUUACUAUCCUUCCGGAUGGAACACAAGGCAUCGCCACCAAUGCUAAUGACCUCCAGGGCCUACUGAGUCAAAGUGGGCACGUGCAGCAGAUACCCACCGUCUCAUUGGCCGGCUCAGGGUUUGGCGCGCAGGGCCAGGUUGUCGCUAAUGUGCCGAUGGGGCUGCCAGGCAACAUCACAUUGGUGCCGAUAAAUAGCUUAAGUAACAUGGAUCUCGAGUCUCUGGGAUUGGCUGGUGCUCAGACCAUAGCGACAAGCAUUACUGCAGAUGGCCAGCUCAUCAUGACCGGUCCCACCACCUCAACCAGUGAUAACCAGGGUGAAAGCGGCAAAUGCACAGAGCCACUUAACGCCAAUGACGCUAACGCUAAUGCCUUUGUGCCAACUACCACCUCUUCCACGACAACAUCGCUUCCUGAGACGAUAGACGGGACUGGAGUUCUCACCCAAGCCACUGCGGUAUCAGCCGGGCAGCAAGAUCCGUCUUACAUCCAGCAUAACCAUACGUCUGGUGGCGAACAGGUGGUGCAGCUCUUAUCAGCGCAGACGGCGGAUGGAGCAGCGCAGACACUACAAAGCGUGCAGCUAUUGAAUGCUGGAACGUUUCUGAUCCAAGCUCAAACUGUCUCUCCGACCGGCCAAAUCCAGUGGCAGACCUUCCAGGUUCAAGGAGUUCAGAACCUGCAGAAUCUGCAGCUGCCGUCUGCUGGUGGGGUCUCAUCCUCCCAAAUUACCCUUGCACCAGUGCAGACCCUCUCUCUCGGGCAGAGUGGCGCCACAGGCGCAGUGGGGCAGAUCCCUAACCUUCAGACAGUCACAGUUGGUCAGUACCAGCAAGAUGAGAAUACGGAGAGCCACACAGAUAUUCAAAUUAAAGAGGAGCCAGAGUCAGAUGAUUGGCCGAAUUCCACCCUGAACACCAAUGAUUUGUCGCAUCUGCGCGUGCGGUUGGUUGAGGAGGAUAUGGAGGGGACCGGCCAAGAGGGAAAAAGACUACGUAGGGUAGCCUGCACUUGCCCCAACUGCAAAGAGGCUGGAGGAAGAGGUUCAAGUAUGGGAAAGAAGAAACAACACAUUUGUCAUAUCCCCGGGUGUGGUAAGGUGUACGGUAAGACGUCUCACCUCCGAGCUCACUUGCGCUGGCACUCAGGAGAGAGACCCUUCAUUUGCUCGUGGAGUUACUGUGGCAAGAGAUUCACCCGCAGCGACGAACUCCAGCGUCACCGCAGAACACACACAGGAGAAAAGAAGUUUGUGUGUCCAGAGUGCUCAAAACGUUUCAUGCGCAGCGACCAUUUGGCCAAACACAUUAAAACUCACCAGAACAAAAAAGGGCUGAACUCCAACACUGGGGCAGGUCAGAUAGAAGCUGCCACCCCCUCGGACACCAUCAUCACCGGGGGUGGAGCCACUCUUAUCCUCACCAAUUUGCAACAGGCUGGCACCCAGGACCUCCUUUCAAACUCCGACCUCCCACUCCAGUUGGUCACUGUGUCUGCCAGUGAGGUCAUGGAGUGAGCAAAAUCACGCCCACUUUCACAGCUCGUCUGCUUUUCACUAUCAAUUUUUAUAUAUAUGAUAAAAAUAUAUAUAUAUAUUAUAAAUAUAUAUAUUUUAAAAAUGACUUAUCCAUUUAUGUUCAAUAGCAGUCUUUUGUACAAACAAGGCAAAAAAUGACAUUAAAUGUGGUUGCAGUUUCCACUGACACACAUGCUCAUUAUGAACUCAUGCUCAUACACAAAUACAUACACAGAAAUGCCUUAUUUUGUAUCAUAAUCUGUAGUAUAAAAUGCUGGAGUUGCAUGUGUUUUUACUUUUUCUCAUGUAUAUGUUCAGGGGACGAUCAUUUGAGAGAGUGUGAUUGUGUAAUUAUGGUACACGGGAAGCCCGGUUGUGUGUGAGUGAUUACAGUGAGACUGUUCUGUGAGAAUGACAGCAAGAGAAGGACACUGUCUGCUGUGAGGGAGACUUACUCAUGAUCUGUCCAUUUUAUCCUCCUCCCUCUCGGCUGGCCUUCGUCCAAAUGUGUCUUCACUCUUUGCUUUCAUUUUUAUUUGAUGUCAUGUUAGUGGUCUUUGCGCUCUCGGUCACGAGUCCUCUGGAUCUUGUUCGAGGAUCUUCUGGUUUCAUUGUUCUGCUGCCCACAUGCAACUCGAACAAGACAUCAGGUGGCAAAGUCAAACAAUCGUGUAAUAAACUUUCUUUUUCUUGUAUCGUUGUUCUUAUUGCUCUCCAGAUUAUUCCUGUAACAUUCAUAAUGUAUCUUCCAUUUCUUUUCUUUUUUUUGUUUUCUUCAGCCCCAAGCUGUUUAUAGCCACAAUUAAUGUAGUCUAAUACUGAUUCUGUUGUAUCAAAGACUCCUCGUUUUGAUUACUUUUUAAACGUGUAAAAUUUGAUGUUACUUUUGUACAACUUUUUUUUUUUUUUUUUUUCAUAUGGAAAACAAUUAAAGUCAAAAACCUUC